GCAGGUGUGCUCGACGGUCCAGGCCUUCCCUCCUCGCGCAUCCUCUCACCCGUCCCCCCGCGUGCCUUGCUCUUGCGUCUCUAACCCCUCCCUCUUCCGUGUCUCUGUACCCUCCCAACCCCUCCCCAUCUAAAUUUCUUCUGUAAGGGAUCCCUUUUUUCUCCCCCUGUCUGUCCCUCACCUCUUCCCCUUCGGCAUCCCGGCGUCCUGGUGGUAUCCCCGAGUCCCUCCGCAUUUCCUACAGCCCCAAAAUAUCCCAUUCAUCAACAUUCCCCACUUAAUGUCUUCAACUCCUUCCCCUCCCGUGUCCGUUUCUCCAACGUCUUUCUUCUGUGUCUCGAACAUCUCUCCUCCUGACCCCCCACCAUGCUGUUUCUGCCUCUUAUUUCCACAACUUCUCCAGUCCCAAUACUCCCCCCCCCCCCAUGUCCCUUUCCCAGUAUUUCUUUUUUUUCUCUCUCAAUUAUUCUGUCAUUCCCCACCUAUUAAUGUAUUUUAGGUUCUCCUUUACCCACUUCUUCCUUGGGGCAUUUUCAUCCCCUCCCCCUUCUCUCUUUUGUCCCUAAUGGUUCCUUCCUUUGUGUCUAAUCUCUCCAAAUGGGGAGUGGCCUGUGCAUGUGAUACUGUUGAGAAUGCUGAAGGCCCUGGUACUGCUUUUCCUGGCCUGGGUCUGCUUCCUCUUUUAUGCUGGCAUUGGUCUCUUCACCAGUGGCUUCUUGCUUACCCGUCUGGAGCUUACCAAUCACAGCAGCUGUCAGGAGCUGCCUGGAAAGGGAACUCUGGUGGGAAGUGGCAGAGGUGAGCCAGGGGCCUGCUGGACAGUUCCCCGAUUUUCCCGAGCUGUGAUUGUGCUGAUAGAUGCACUUCGAUUCGAUUUUGUGCAUCCCUGGCCAGCUGGCCCUCCUGCCCCACAACCUUUCCUAGGAAGGCUGAGCUUCAUACAGCACCUUCUGGAAGCCCAGCCACAACAUGCUCGCCUCUACCGGUUCCUGGCUGACCCACCCACCACUACCAUGCAACGGCUCAAGGCCCUCACCACAGGCUCUUUACCUACCUUUGUUGAUGCUGGGAGCAACUUUGCUAGCUAUGCCAUCCAAGAGGAUAACCUUAUUGCUCAGCUCAACAACACCGGGAGACGAGUGGUCUUCAUGGGGGAUGACACUUGGGAAGGCUUGUUCCCAGGAGCUUUCUCUCAAGCCUUCUUCUUCCCCUCCUUCAAUGUCAAAGAUUUACACACUGUGGACAAUGGCAUUCUGGAGCACCUGUACCCAACCAUGGACAGAGAUGACUGGGACCUGCUGAUUGCUCAUUUCCUGGGUGUGGAUCAUUGUGGUCACAAACAUGGUCCCCACCACCCUGAGAUGGCCAAGAAGCUCAACCAGAUGGACCAGAUGCUUCAGACCCUUGUGGAGCAACUUGAGAAUGAUACCCUGCUGGUGGUGGCUGGAGAUCAUGGCAUGACAGAGACAGGAGACCAUGGUGGGGACAGCAAGCCAGAAGUCAUGGCUGCACUCUUUCUCUAUAGCCCUUUGCCCCUUUUUCCCGGGGCUUCCCUAAAGGAUCCAGAAGUGGUUCCCCAGGUGAACUUGGUGCCAACGCUGGCCCUUCUACUUGGCCUGCCCAUACCUUUUGGAAAUAUUGGAGAGGUGAUGGUGGACCUGUUUUCAGGGGAAGGAGAUACCCAGCCUCUUGCUACAGCUCUUGCCCAGGCCUCUGCCUACCAUCUCAAUGCCCAGCAGGUAUCCCGAUUUCUUCAUGCUUACUCAUUAGCUGCCCAGGACUUGCCCCCUGAGGAACUGCAGCACCUUCAGAACCUCUUCUCCUCUGCAUCCUCUGAAUAUGAACAAUUGCUGGAUCAGCUGAAGACUGGAGAGGUCAGAGAGGCUGACAUACAGGCUCUGAUCUCCCAGCUGAGAUUGUUCUUGCGGGGGGCACGGACAGCCUGUACAGAGACGUGGGCUCGAUUCCGCCCAGCCCGAAUGAUAGGGGGCACCAUACUUCUGGCCUCCACCUGCCUCCUUUGCUUAAUAACCUCUAGGCUUACCAGCUCCCCUGACUUCCCUUUCCACUGCUUACUUCUCAGGGCUGUGGUCUGGGGUCUGGCAGGGGCUGUUUUGCUAGCUGGGGGACUCAUGGCAGCUGGAAUAGGGUUAGAGCCAUCUCUGUUAUGUGCAGGGAGUGCAGCUACCUCCCUCAUAGCCUUCCUGUGGGCUUUAAAGUCAAGGGAGAGUUCAUCAAUGACAGUCUUCCUCCCAGGCCCUUUGCCCAUCCUGGUGCUCCUGUUCCUCCGUUCUGCUGCCCUUUUCUCUGAUAGCUUUGUCGUGGCUGAGGCAUGGGCAGCCCCCUUCCUUCUGCGUUCACUGUCCCUGUUUCUUGUGGCUCAGUUGCACUGGGAAGGCCGGCUCCUUGUGGGGGUCUCCACAGCUUGCCUCAGCUCCCCCACAGCAUCUCUGGCACGGCGGGAGGGUCCACGGGCCCUAGGGCUACUGGUUGGCCUACUCCUCUGUGUACGUCUCUCCAUUCUCUUCCAUCGCUGCCCAGAAGAGACACCUGUUUGCCAGUCAUCACCCUGGUUAGCUCCUCUAGCCACAAUGGCUGGUGGCCAGGCCAAGAACCUCUGGUAUGGGGCAUGUCUAGGGACAUUAGGGGUGCUGGUCCUAGCCGUACGAUUUUGGCUGCGCCGCUGUGGGAAUCUUAAUAGCCCUGCACCUCCAGUCCUCUUUGUGCGCUGGGGACUGCCCCUGAUGGCACUGGGUACUGCUGCCCAUUGGGCAUUGGCUUCAGGCACAGAUGAGGCACCCCCCCGGCUGCAAGCCCUGGUGUCUGGGGCUGUGGUUGGUUUGCCCCGGGCUGUCCUGGCUCUGGCAGCCAUAGGUCUAGGGCUACUGCUUUGGCAGCCUGUCACAGUAUUGGUCAAGACUGGAGCAAGCAGCUCCAACCACAUCAUUGUCCCUUUUGUGGGACCUCCGGCCUCCCAAGCUGACUUGGACUAUGUGGUCCCUCAGAUCUACCGUCGAAUGCAGGAGGCACUGAGGGGGAAGCUAGCCAGGGGUGGGGGCCAGACACCACUGGCACUGGCUGCCUACGGGCUGGGGAGUGUGUACUCUGCCGCCGUGGUGACCGCUCUUGCCCUGCUGGCCUUCCCACUGCUGCUGCUGCACACUGAGCGGAUCAGCCUCGCCUUCCUGAUCCUCUUCCUGCAGAGUUUCUUACUCUUGCAGCUGCUCGCCACUGCUGUCGGGACCCCUGCUGGAAGCCCUGGUCCCUUCUCUGUGCCAUGGCUAGCCAUCUCUGCUUGGGCUCUCACAGCCACACAGACCUUUUACUCCACUGGCCAUCAGCCUGUCUUUCCAGCUAUCCAUUGGAAUGCUGCCUUUGUGGGCUUCACUGAAGGGCAUGGUUCAUCCCCUGUGCUGCCUGCUCUGCUUGUAGGGGCAAAUACCUUUGCCUCCCACCUUCUUUUUUCAGUUGGCUGCCCAUUGCUCUUGCUCUGGCCCUUUGUGUGUGAAGGCCAAGGCUCUACAAAGAGGAAGAAAACCUUGGCCAGUGGGACUGAGGUAGGAGGAGAGAAGGAAGAAGAGCCUUUGAUGGAGAUGCGUCUCCGGGAUUCCCCUCACCAUUUCAAUGCUGCUCUUCUGCAGCUGGGCCUCAAGUACCUCUUCAUCCUAGGUGUACAGGUCUUAGCUUGUGUUCUGGCAGCUUCUAUACUCCGAAGGCAUCUCAUGGUGUGGAAGGUGUUUGCUCCCAAGUUCAUCUUUGAAGCUGUGGGUUUUGUGGUGAGCAGCCUAGGGCUCCUCCUGGGUGUGGCCCUGGUGAUGUGGGUAGACAGAGCUGUAGGGUCCUGGUUCAAGCAGCUCAUCCUUUCCCAAGAGAGGUAGUUUUUAUCACAUGGACCUUGGGACCAACCUUUCCUCAUGCCCACAGGGCAAGUGAGCCCUGGAUUCACCUCUACAUGACUUGUCCUACAGUUGUGGGAUGGCCUUUUGCUGGAACUCCUGGUUGUGGCUGGCUUACCUGCACCUCCUACUCCAGAUUGAGUGUGUUCCUUACUCUCAAGGGGUCUAUAGGAAUGGGUUACACAUUUGUGGAGCCAGAUGAUAGUAAUGACUUUACUGGAGUUUUCAGAUUCAUCAUCGGGCAGAGGGCCCAGGUCUGAGCUGAAAUUAUCUCUCCUAUGGAAGGAUUGGGGUAGGCCAAGCAUAGAAGCUGCAUGGAAGCACUGGGCUUGACCCUGCCCUCCCUAUUGAUUUCUAUUCUUAGCUGACCAAAUAGAAUGACUCUUUCUUUCCCUAAGUGAGGUUGGGUUAAUGUGAACCUGAGGCACUGGAGAAAUCUGGGAUGGGCAUCUGGUGAGGGAAGUGAGUUGCUGUAUACCAAGGGAAAUAAAACACUGGAGACAUGUAUGUGUGAAAGAGAGAUGCCAGAGUGGGGACUUACGGAGUGGGAUUGUGUUGGGGAGAAAUACUAUAUGUACUCAAUUCCUAUCCUGUCCCAGCCAGUUUCCAUCAUGCCAUACUGCAGUAUAUCCCCGCCCUUGGGUCUGUACCCCUCAACUCCCUUCAGUUCAGUAAAAUCACAAAAGGAGACAGCUUCUACCUUUAGGAAGUUCACAUUUUAGAGUGGGGAGAACAAGAGUCUUCCAGAAUUAGAGAACAACAUAAGAUAGAGUUGUAUGAUUCUCUUUUACACUCAUUGUUACUACCCUGGUUGAGGCCCCUCGUUCCCUUCAUUGGGAUUUCUGCAUUGUUUUAACUGGUCUCCCUGUCUUCAGGCUCUCCUUUCUCCAUGACAUCCAGCACCCUUGAUUCAGUACUUACUACCUGUCUGACUUAGGGUAAUUAACUUCCUGGCCAUGAAUUUUCUCAACUUUAAAAUGAAACAAUAGCUGAUUCGUAAGGUUUCUUUUAUCUCCAAACCUAUAAAUCUAUGAUAAUCUUUCUUAUAGCACUCCCCUACUUAAAAUUUGAUUUUCAUUAUCUCUUCUGUUGUCAGUUCCUCCAAGUUGCCCAACAAUCUCAUUCCAACUUGUCUCUGUCAAACUCAUAGGUCAGCUUUGCUAGCCUGAAGGUAUACUCAACAAACAGGAAGAAGGGUAUAUAAUAUACAUGGGCUAUUCUAAAGCCCUAUAGUGUGUGGAUAUUGACCAUAUUCUUGGCUCCAGUAUCUCAAGUGGAACUCAUGGAAAUGAAAAUUUACCUGCUACAUUUGUUGCUAUCUCUGCAUUGUGACAAUUGUUAAGGGUUCAGGGAACCUGGUUAUAGGAGAAAAAAUUGAUACUUAUUGUGUUCUGGAUAUGCCUGGAUUAUAUUGAAGUUAAUCCAAUUUACCCCAUGGAUGAGAAAGUUUGAAGGUAGAUUCUUAACCUAUAGCCCAAGGUUCACCAAAUAAGGCCUCACCAGUUUAGCCAACUACAGCCUUCUCUGGGACUAUGAGACAGAUAAUUAUUACUGAGACAGAAUUCCACCUAGUAAAAAGUAAAUCGGAUUUUGGAAGAAGUUGAAAUUAAAUCAGGGAGACUCAAUGUGAAAUUUAGAAGAGGAUUUAGAGAUUAUAUAAUCUUACAGAGAAGCAAUUUGCCCAAGAUCACAUGGUGAAUUAAUGUUAAAGGCCACGAUUAGAAUCCAUCUCUAAAAUCUGCUUAGGGUUCUUUAAAUACCAUUCUGGAGUUGCAUGAUACACAGAUGUCACUUUUCUCUUUCCUCAAGUAGUGACCCAUGACUUCUGUGCUCCUGCUUCCUCCAAGCUGAUGCCCUUGAUUAUUCAUGUUAUGGUAUUCAAGGUCCAUUUAAAAGAAAAUGCCCGUUCCAAAGAUGAACUUUUGUGGAUUGUGAGUCAGCACCACAUGUUAGGCUCAUUCCUAAGAAGUCAGUCCCCUGAACUCUGUCCAGAGCUCUCAGCCUUACCAUUUGAUCAGAUCAGAUUAAUCAGAUGGCAAAUAGUAUGAUCUUAAGGCUGAAGACAAAACAUUUUUUUCCCCAACAAUAAAGAUGAUUGUUUCUCCA